AUGGCCGGAAUGAGCCACAGAAUCCGCGAACGCACCGACGCCCUCGAUGCUGCCGGAAACACCACCGCCGCCAUUGGAAAAGGAUUCGCAAUUGGAUCCGCCGCAUUAGUCUCCCUUGCGCUAUUCGGCGCGUUUGUGAGCCGUGCGGGGAUUGAGACAGUCGAUGUUUUGACACCGAAAGUUUUUAUUGGUUUAAUUGUUGGUGCGAUGCUUCCGUAUUGGUUUUCAGCCAUGACUAUGAAAAGUGUGGGGAGUGCAGCUUUGAAAAUGGUGGAGGAAGUUCGUAGGCAGUUUAAUACAAUUCCUGGUUUAAUGGAAGGGCUUGCAAAACCAGAUUACGCUACAUGUGUCAAGAUCUCGACGGAUGCGUCUCUUAAGGAGAUGAUUCCACCUGGUGCUCUUGUCAUGCUGACUCCGCUAAUUGUCGGGACGUUUUUUGGGGUGGAGACGCUUUCGGGUGUCCUAGCUGGCGCAUUGGUUUCGGGUGUCCAGGUGGCGAUUUCGGCUUCAAAUACAGGUGGCGCCUGGGACAAUGCAAAGAAGUAUAUUGAGGCUGGCGCAUCGGAGCAUGCGAGGACACUUGGACCAAAGGGGUCGGACCCACAUAAGGCGGCGGUGAUUGGUGACACGAUCGGGGACCCACUUAAGGAUACUUCUGGGCCUUCACUGAAUAUUUUGAUUAAACUUAUGGCUGUUGAAUCGCUUGUGUUUGCUCCGUUUUUUGCUGCUCAUGGUGGUUUGCUGUUUAAGAUUUGGGGUUGAUAGCUUUUGAGAUCUGUUUAGUUGGGUUUGUUUAAGUUAGCAGACAGGAACAGGUAGUGAUGAUGGUGAUAAAAGGAGAUUUUGGUUUAGAAAUUAGAACAUGUGUCAUGGUGUUAGUUUGUUGGUUUUGUUUAGUACUUUUUUAUGCUUUGUUAUGAUUGUGAUCCCGGUUUUCUUUAGAUGAAAAUGAC